AUGGAAACCCGAUUGCUGGCGCUACAAGUGGAGAUGGAAGCUAAACUUCGAUCGCUACGUAACAUUUUGGAAGACCAGAUUGAACAGAAAAAGACCUCCGAUAGAAUCAACAAGGAGGUCUUCCAGAAGAAAGGCUCCAGACACUUUUAUAUUGAGAAGCAAAACAAACUGAGUUGGUAUUCUGCGGCGGACAAGUGUCGCCAACUGGACGGUCACCUGGCGACCAUCCAAAAUGAGCGGGAGCUGGAUAGGGUCUUUGCGGGAGUCCAGCCAGGCUCCUACUGGGUGGACAUCUACAGCCUGGGCGGAGAUGAGGGUCCGUAUGUUUCUUCACUAUCCGGGAAAAAAGUCAAGUACUUAAAGUGGGGUAUUGACCUACCCAAAUAUAAAAGUAAUCACUGCGUGAAUGUACGUGUUUAUGGAAGAGAAAUGUACACAGCUAACUGUACCGAAAAAUUGUUCUUCGUAUGCCAAGCCAAUUAA